AUGGGUAUUCCACUGUUCUGCGAGUCCUCCGCAGAUGCUCCGAAGAACAAUCCCGUCAAAGACCCGUGUGCCACUGCGCGCUCCGCAAUUCGUCGCCAGGCUAGUAUUCGUCGUCCCUCGCGCUAUGGCGGCUCCGCCUUGCGCAGCGCAACCCUCCGGUCGCCUUUCCCUCGUCCGCUAGUAGAUGAGAUUGAGCGUGAGGCGAAUGGUCUUCAGCGUCAUGUGCGCUCUCCGCUUUCGAACUCUAGCAGCGCCGACGACCCGUUCGACCUGGCCCGCGGCCUCCUGGAUUCCGAUAGACGCGAAGCCGGCCAGCGACUGCUGAGCGAUGCGCUCCGUCAUGGGCGGCCUGGUCAGCGAUUGAGGAUACCGCGCAGCUCGGCCCUGCCCGAUCUAUACAAUCGUCCAUCGCCGGGUGAUGACACCACCAACCGGCCUGACCAGACUCAUCCCCAGUUCACACCGCGUUUUGCUCCUGCGAUUGCAUACCAUAGGACUGCGUCUCCCCAAGCGCGCCCAGAAGCUGCUCGUCUAUCCCCAUUCCUUCGACCCGAUGGUCUUGGAAGCGAUCUUUCUAUCUCGGCGGGCUUCCCUACCCUGCGACGUGUCGGUGAACGAUCGAUUAAUGAGGCGAAUCGUCCCAACCGCGAGUCGGCUAUUGAUGGUCUUGGUGACCGACAGAGAAGUCUGAGUCCAGAUGACGAUCAUGCCAACGAUGCAUGGGAGACUCUCCUUACCACGAUCACGCCGGAUACCAAUCUUCCUAGUGCUGAUUCGUCCUUCACGUCCGCAUCGGCUUCUGGAACGAAUGCUUCGACCGUCGGGACAUCCACAAGUUCGGCAACCUCGCUGCAGAUGUCGAACCCUAUGGAAUCAGGCACGGGCACGGGCACUGUCCAGAUGGUUCUUGAUCCAUAUCCCGAGUUCUUAAAUCCCUGUGACUAUUCAAGCUCCAGCGAUUCCGAUAGCGAUUCCGAAACAGGAAUCUCUUCCAACGCAUUGUUCCGCCGCUACCGUCGUGUUCGCCAGAUGGAGUCACUGAGACGUGCUCAGCAUCUCCAGUCAACCAUGAGCAACCACCCUCCUAUCCCUACCAUCUCCUUUGCAUUCUCCGAUUCCUCUUCUACUUCUACCGAUCCAGACCUGCAGCAGAUGCAAGCCAUCUUAGAUCGACUUGCUCGUCGCGAGGAUAUCCCCGAAGAAUGGUGGGCGGCAGCUGGACUGUCCCGCACCCUUGGCCGCCGGCUCGGCGCGAACGAUGACACUAACGACACUGAUAGCGUGGAUGGACCGCUCAGGUCGAGGUGA